UUAGUUGUUCUUUUUUUCUAGAUCAAAAGUAUACAAACGGUAACCAUAGAAAAACUCAUAAAUGACGAUGGGAAGAUAAUGAGCGAUGAAAACACAUGAAGGAAUGAAAGUAAUUGAAGAUGAAAAUAUUUUAUCAGUAGUCUCAACGUUGGGGACAUAGAGAAGUAUGAAAUGGAUAGACUGACGUGGUACCAACCAGGAGAGUAUAUGGAAGAUAUAAUCAUUCAAAGCGGUCACGUGAGUAUAUAUGACGGAGACGUGAAACAGACAACGUAUGAGCAAGGAACUGCUUCCCUCACAUUGCAUCGUAUUAUCUGGGCCGAUUCCAAUGAUCCAGAUCAUCGGCUAAUUUUACAUCACUCAUUGGUAGCUGGUAUUGAGAAGCACCAUAAGUCGAUGUUCCGUCGAGGUGGCAAAAUUAUCCUUUCGUUGCAUCCUAAACCACUUGGGCAACAGCGAGGCCCUUUCGCCUCUUCUUCUUUUAAUUAUAUUCGCCUUGUUUUUCGAAAUGGGGGAGAAGACGAGUUCUUUGAAAAAUACAAAGAAGCACUGGGAUUGAAUACGUGGGAACGAAUACCUUCUGGUUGCGCAACGUCAGGCCCUGUCGCUUUACGCAACUGUAACACUGCGAUGCCACGAGUCGUAGGUAUCUUAGGCAUUGAGAAAAGACUUGCUGAAAACCAUCAUCGUACUCAUGAAAGCAUAAGUCAGGCUUUUGAAGAUAUGAAUCGACUGAUGGAAUAUGCACGAGAAAUGGUGUCCCUUUCGAAGGUUAUCACCGAUAAAUUGCGAGCAAGAAAAGGCGAGAUAACUGAUGAUGAAACUAUACGCUUCAAGACCUACUUACUUAGUCUUGGCGUUAGCGAUCCAGUGACAAAGUCAACAUUUGGCAGCAGUGCGGAAUACUACAAAAAACUUGCGGAAGAGUUGACUGCGGUGUUAUGUGCCCCUCUUAAGGAAUGCGGUGGUAUGAUGACUUUAUCAGACGUAUAUUGUCGUAUUAACAGAGCUCGUGGUUUAGAGCUCUUGUCACCAGAGGACAUUUUGAAUGCAUGUCAGAUGUUGGAACAAAUGAAUCUACCCAUAUCUUUAAAUCGUUUUGAAAGUGGCGUCAUGGUUGUACAGCUGAAAGAGAUGAGUGUAGAAACCACGAUUGAGAGUACUGCGGAGUUAGUAGCAGUUAUGGGUACUUGUAAUGCUACUAAGCUUGCUAAGUGUCUCGGCAUUACAGUCAUUCUUGCAAAGGAGAGGUUGCUUGCGGCGGAAGCUCAGGCGAAGCUUUGCCGUGAUGAUACCGUUGAAGGUCUUACGUUCUAUCCAAAUCGUUUCAUGACUUCAUGCUAACAUCUAUACAUAAUCUUAUUCAAGAUAUGAUUUCUGUGUCCUAACUUUUCUAUCAUCUAGACAAAUUAAGCUUCCAGUUUGUAUUUCGUAUCACUUUCAUACUAUUCCUUGGAUCUCAGCUGUUCCAGUACUACGCGACACUAAUUUCCAUACUCUUCGAUUUUUAUUCGUCCUCGAAUAUGUUUUUAAGAGUUGAUGAAAUUAUCCUGCACAUGUAUUAUUUCAUUAUAGGUAUUAAAGGUCUACGUCUAGUCCUAUAGUUGUUUCAGACUUCGUAAUUGAUUUAUUCUUUUUUAUCUUUACGCCAUCCAGAGUA